AUGGCGAAGGAAGCCUCAUCGCAAAGUCACCUCGCCAAAUUCUUCGGCAUCAGUGCUGACGAACAUGGUGACUCUCAAUGGCGCCCAGAUAGCACUGCUGGGUUUGAAGUGAUUGGUCUGGGGCUGUCUCGAACAGGGACAACAUCCCUUCGCGAGGCGCUGACCAUGCUUGGAUUUGGUCCGGUCCACCAUGGAGUGGAAAUAUACCGUCGCCCGGACCACAGAGAGAGAGUGAUCAAAUUCAUGCACUGGCUCAGUCAGCAUCCUCGCGAGAGUGAAACGGCAAGCGAGGAGAUGAAGAAGAGGCUCCGUGCUUUGACGCGGGGAUAUCGGUCCACAAUGGACGCGCCCAUGUGUGAUCUGAUCCCCGAGGUCGUCGCAACUUACCCAGAUGCAAAGUUCAUCCUAACCGUCCGGGAUUCAGAAGAGUCCUGGUGGCGUUCGUGGAACGAGAGCAUAGGCCAUCAACUCGGCACCGGACCGCGAAGGGUCGUCUAUCGAAGCCUGAUUUCCUCGGUCCAUCUGCUUCGACGGAUGGAUGACUUGUGUCAGGAGAUAAGGAUCCGGCUGGAACGGGACUGGGGCUCGAUAAAGCCUCGCAUGUAUCGAAUGCACAACCAGCGCGUUCGUGAGCUGGUACCGCAGGGACGGUUGCUCGAGUACAACGUCAAAGAUGGCUGGGGUCCGCUGUGCGCUUUUCUGGAUGUUGAAGUCCCUGAUAGGCCUUUCCCCAAGCUCAAUGAAGGCGCCAACAUCAAGGCAAUAUAUAUUGGUCAUCAGGUGUUUGGUGCGGCGACUUGGGCCUUUUAUUUGGGUCUCAUUGUUGGGGCCAUGUACCUGGCAGCAAAGCCUCGCAUCGCCAGCGCUUUUCUACAGUCAGCCUUGAAACGGGUAGGCUUAAGAUCCGAAUGA